AUGACGAAACCUGAUCAGUCUUCGUUAAAGCCCGGCCAGCGGCUACCUCCUCCCUUCCUGUUUCAAGGCCCGUCCCGAAAUGCAUCCAGCCUAUCCCUAACAAACGGGAACGGAAACGGGGCUCAAGCACCGUCAAAAGCACCAUCGACAUCAGCGCCCUCACCUGUACUCCCCCAGGCCUCUUCUUCUCGAGUCUCGGUGCUGAAUGAUAUUCAAGAUAUCCACGACAUCCAUGAUAUCCAUGAUAUUCGAGACAUACAAGGCCUUAACCUUCUGCCGACUCGCCGCAAGCAAACACAACCCCAACGCCGGGCAGAGGGAGCAGACGCUCUCUGGGACCAGAUGCAGAGCACUCUUGCUGAGGUGGAACUAGCAGCUAUGGGUGGUGAUCGCGUAUUUGGGUCCUAUCACCCGGAAGUUGUAGAAAGCUUGCGAGCGAAACAACUUUCACUCGCGCAAGCCUGGGCAAGGACUGAGGCCGAGGAGGUCCCUAACAGUGUGUCAUCUAUCGGCGACACUGCCUUUAUGGAAACUGAUGAAGGUAAUCCUCGAGAGGUUCUGGAUGAGAAGACAGAGAGGGAUAUUACCCAUGCUCGGAAGAGGAGAGAGGCAAAUGAUCGAUACUUCGAACGUGUCAACAACGGUGUCCUUGACGUUGUCGCGAAGUUAGAAGACGUGGCGCAAACAAUGCGAGAGGUUGCAAGCAAGAGCAAGGAGGUCUGGAGUGAAAGCGGAAGCGUGCAGACUCCUGUAGGCUCUGAUGGUUGA